UGGCGCAUCGGUUGGCGUCCUGCGAGUCAUCGGUUUGAGUUCGAAAGCGUUUGAAUCGCCGUGAGGGGAUCGUGUUGUUGUUGUUGUUGUUACCACGAAAGACGAUUGACGAAUUGUCAAUGCGCCGGUACCGAUCGUGUGUAUUUUGCUGCCGAUUGAAACAUGUAUAUAAAGUCGAUCGUGUUGGAGGGAUUCAAGUCCUACGGCAAGCGAAUCGAGAUAAACGGCUUCGACAAGGAAUUCAACGCUAUCACGGGAUUUAACGGUAGCGGAAAGUCAAAUAUUUUGGAUGCGAUAUGCUUUGUUUUGGGCAUUACGAAUCUUGGCCAGGUGCGUGCUACCUCCCUGCAAGAUUUGGUCUACAAAUCUGGUCAAGCAGGCAUAAAAAAGGCCAGCGUUACGAUAACAUUUGAUAAUCGUGACGAACAGUCAUCUCCCAUGGGUUAUGAGCAGUAUGAAGAAAUUGUCAUCACCAGACAGGUGGUGAUCGGCGGUAAAAAUAAGUACAUGAUCAAUGGGACGAAUGCGCCGAACAAACGCGUGCAGGAUUUGUUCUGUUCCGUCCAGUUGAAUGUGAACAAUCCACACUUUUUAAUCAUGCAAGGUAGAAUAACGAAAGUGUUGAAUAUGAAGCCGGUGGAAAUUCUGUCUAUGCUCGAGGAAGCGGCGGGAACGAAAAUGUACGAGAAGAAGAAGCAGUCGGCGCUGAUCACUAUAGAGAAGAAGGAUAGCAAAUUAAAGGAGAUAAAUACUAUUUUGAGAGAAGAAAUAGGACCAAAAUUGAACAAGUUAAAGGAGGAGAGAACGAGAUACGUGGAAUUCCAGACGAUAGAAAGAGAACUUAACCACAGCAAAAAGAUUCUCCUCGCGUGGAAGUAUGUUGCUGCUUUUGAGAAUAGUCAAAAGUCGGAGGAAAAUGUUAAAGUCGUACAAAAUAAAAUUGAUUCCAAGUCGGAGAACAUAGCUGCUGGUGAAGAAGAAAUCAAGAGUUUAGAGGCAAAAUGUAAUGAACUAAUAAAGAAAAAGGAAGCGGAAAAAGGUAGCAUAUUGGAAACCUUAGAGAAGGAGCUGCAGGAAAAUGAGAAGAAGCAGUGCAAAUUAUCCGCCGAGGUGAACAGUAACAAGGAAGAUGUUAAAGCUGUGAAGAAAACAACGAAGCAUAUAGAGGCUAAUAUAAAGGACGAUCAAAAUGCGCUCGUCCUGAAGGAGAAGGAAUUGGAGAAAGUGGGUGGACUUUUCCAGAACUUGAAGGAGAGGUGUCAGAAGGACACUGACGCGGUAUUGGAGGCACAAGAGAAAUACCAGAAGAUCAGCGCGGGCCUGUUGGAGAGCGAGGACGGUGAGAACGCAACGUUGGAGCAGCAGCUGAUAAGUGCCAAGCAGAGCGCGACGCAGGCACAGACCGAGCUUAAACAGUGCGAGAUGACGCUGAGUCACAACAGGCAGCAGUUGAGUAAAAAACAGAAGGAUAUGUACAAUAGCGGGAAUGAAUGUAAAACGUAUAACGUGGACUUGGAGAAGAAAGAGAAAGAAUUGAAGAGUUUGGAGAACGAAUUGCAAAAGUUGGAUUACAAGGACGGCUAUGCGGAAGAUUUGAAAACCCGGAGGAGUAACCUGAUUGCGGAAAUGAAGCCACUGCGUGACACGCUGGAUCAGUUUGAGUCGAGGAAUCCUCGAACGAGGUUCCAGUAUCAGAAUCCCGAGCCUAAUUUCAAUGCAAAAUCCGUAAAAGGUAUCGUGUGCAAAUUGAUUAACGUGAAGGAUAAGAGAGCUGCGUACGCCUUGGAGGUUGCUGCAGGCGGCAAGCUUUACAAUGUAAUAGUUGACACCGAAACCACAAGUAAAAAGCUUCUCCAACACGGGCAAUUGCAGCAACGAGUUACGAUUAUCCCGCUCAAUCGAAUGACCGGUAGAACAAUGGAUCAGCAGACGAUCAAUCUGGCGGAGAGAUUGGUUGGGAAGGAGAACGUUCAGCCAGCUUUGUCUCUCAUUGAUUUUCCAAAUGAAAUUACGCCAGCGAUGACCUGGAUAUUCGGUCAAAUAUUUGUGUGCAAGGAUAUGGAGACUGCCAAGAAAAUAGCUUUCCACGAGAAGAUUAUGAAGAAGUGCGUUACCUUGGAGGGCGAUCUUUUCGAUCCGGUCGGCACGUUAUCUGGCGGUGCUCCAGCGAAGGCUGGAUCACUUCUAUUAAAACUGGAAGAAUUGAAGGAAAUUAGGAACGAACUGAAUCGCAAAGAACAACUUUUAAAGGACGUAGAGAGUGAAAUGUCAAAUAUUGUAAAAACUGCCGAAAAACAUGCAACAUUGAAACAAAAGUAUGAUAUAUUGACUUACGAAAUUAGUAUGAUACGACAGAAGUUGCAACAAACAACUUACCAUAAAAUCAAGGAAGAGGUGGAUGCUCUCAAUGCAGGUAUCGAAGAGCUCACACAACGGAUGGCUGCAGCGAAGACUUUGGAAAAGGAAAGUACAAAACGUGCGAAAGACAUAGAAAUUCAGUUAAAAGAUGCAGUGAAUAUUCGUGAGAGACAUCUGAAGGAAGCCGAGAAUCAAUUGAAUGUCUUAAAGAAAAAAGCGGAACAGAGUCGCAAAGAAUGGCAGAAGAGGGAACAAGAGUCGGAGACGCUUGAAUUGGAAAUAAAGGAAUUGAAGAAAAGUAUUGAAAGCGGUAAUGAACAAUUGCUUCAAGUGAAUGAGAAAACCAAUAUGUAUGAAGAAAAGGGUGAAACUCUUCGGCAACAAUUGGAAGAGACUAAAGAAAAAGUUACGGAAUUGCAUAAUAGUGUUAAAAAGCAAAAGGACAUGAUUAAUCAGCAAAACAAAGACAUACAAAGGUUGAUAGCAAAGAAAGAGGAUAUUAUUAAGCAAAAUAAAGAUCUGGAAUUGGACAUCAAAAAAUUGAAUCACGAAAUUAAUGAUAUCAAAAAGUAUGCAGCGGAUUGUAAGCAAAAAGUUUUGGAGCUCACAAGAAAGUACGAGUGGAUUGAGCAAGAGAAACCUUACUUCGGAAAGAAAGGUGGUAUAUACGAUUUUGAAGUUCAUAAGCCAGAAGAGAUGGAACAAAAAGUACAUCGAUUAAAAGAAAUGCACGAAAAGAUGAGUCGUAAUAUAAAUACGCGGUCAAUCAGCCUUCUCGACAAAGAGGAAGAGCAAUAUAAUGACACAUUAAAAAAGAAGAGGAUAGUCGAGAACGAUAAGAAUAAAAUUCUGGAGACGAUCAGGCACUUGGAUGAAAAGAAGAAGCAAACCUUGCUGAAAGCUUGGAAGCAGGUGAACAAGGAUUUCGGGUCUAUAUUUAGCACUUUAUUACCGGGAGCCGAGGCCAAGCUGCGACCGCCGGAGAACGAAACAAUAACAGACGGUUUAGAGGUGAAAGUUGGAUUCUCGGGUGUCUGGAAGGAGUCGUUAGGAGAAUUAUCCGGUGGGCAAAGGUCCCUAGUUGCUUUGUCAUUAGUCUUAGCUAUGCUCCUCUAUAAACCCGCGCCGCUUUAUAUUCUGGACGAAGUAGACGCUGCCCUGGAUCUUUCGCAUACAGAAAAUAUAGGUACAAUGUUAAAGAGACAUUUCAAACAUUCGCAAUUUAUUGUUGUGUCCUUAAAGAACGGUAUGUUCAACAAUGCCAAUGUUUUAUUCACGACUAGAUUCGUUGACGGUAUGUCGACAAUAAGUAGAAGUGAAAAAGCGAGAUCUAAAUAAUUUAUGCAACAAAUUUUAAGAUAACUGUUUUGACAUUAUUAUGUAUAAUUUAAGUAAAAUUACCAGUUUUUUUUUUAAUACUGACAUACAUUUUUGCGCGUCUCCAGAGAAUCAAUUUGUAUCUCCACUAUAUAAUAAUAAAUGCUUUUAAACGCUAUUUUAACAAAAAUAAAAAUCUAUGAAUUCCUUAAUAACGUAAAUAUUAAUAAGUUUGAGAAUUGAUGAUAUUCAAUCAAUUGAUUUCUACGAAAAAUGGAUGCCGCUCUAUCUCAUCUACCGUCAGUCGUUCUUCUGAAUAUAGAAAAAGCAAAAUCUAAAUAAUUUAUGUAACAAAUUUUAAGAUAAAAUAACUGUUUUGACAUUAUUAUAUAUAAUUUAAGUAAAAUGACCUUUUUUUUAUAAUACUGACAUACAUUUUUGUGCGUCUCCAGAAAAUCUAUUUAUACCUCCAUUAUAUAAUAAAUGCUUUUAAAGCUAUUUUAACAAAAA